CCAACCCCAUCACCAAAAACUCCAUCCCCUUCACUUGUAUAUAAAGGCAAGAGAGUGCGGGGAGGAAAGUGCAAUUGAAGUUCAAUGUUUAAUGCUCUCUAAGGCACAAGCAGAUAGCUUGAACCUCGUUAUAGUGGUCUGUAAAUUUCUGGCACUUCUCUGUUUUAGUGCUACUUCUCAAACGCACUAAUUAGACCUUGACCAAAACGUCCCUGUCUCUCUCUUUUUGUCACACGAUACGUGCCGAUAUUAUCCACAAAAUACGAGAGCAUCAAUGCUUGGUGUUCGAAAGAGGAUUUGCAAUCCUAGAGAAGAAGAAAGUGAGCUGAGAAGAGGUCCAUGGACUCUUGAAGAAGACACGUUGCUCACUCAUUACAUUACUCGUCAUGGUGAAGGUCGUUGGAACAUGUUAGCAAGAGGUGCAGGACUGAAGAGAACUGGAAAGAGUUGCAGAUUAAGAUGGCUGAAUUACCUAAAACCUGACAUCAAGCGUGGUAAUCUUACUCCACAAGAACAGCUUUUGAUUCUUGAACUGCACUCCAAAUGGGGUAACAGGUGGUCAAAGAUUGCACAACAUCUGCCUGGAAGAACAGACAACGAAAUCAAGAAUUAUUGGAGGACAAAGGUGCAGAAGGAGGCACGCCAACUUAACAUUGAAGCUAAUAGUAAGAGGUUUCUUGAUGCUGUUAGGAGUUACUGGAUGCCAAGAUUGAUUCAGAAAAUAGAGCAGGCUUCUUAUUCUUCUUCCUUGACAACACUUGAUUCAACAGCUGAUCGUGAAGUCAGGUCUACAUCAUCCAAUCUCCCAGUUCAUAAUUCCUCGCCAACGUUGCUAUGCCCUCCAGAAAGCAGAUUUACACACUGCUCAAAUCCUGGCAGUGAAAAUUCAUUCUCAUUCACAAGCCCCUAUCUUCUUUCUACAAAUUCCAACACGGUAUCACAGCAGCCUGAUGAAAUUCUUGAAAACCCAUCUUGUUCACCUCUACUUGGUGAUACUGUCUGCAACAACUUGAUUCUGAGUGACACUUACAAUAAGGAGGGCAGUAGCUAUGACAUGGAUGUAUUCAAUGUGGCUUCUGCUGGUAUGGGCACUCAUGACAAUUCACCACUGGAAUGUCAGGUGGCUGAAGGCAAUUGGGUGUUUGACAGCAUGGAAGAUACUUUAUGGAAUAUGGAUGACAUGUGGGUUUUUUAGGGACUUGAGAGAAACAGGCAUCUAAUUCUAGGGUGGGGUGGCGGCCCCUGCUAUCAAGUUUAGGGUCCUUUCUAUUAAUCAUGCUGACCCAGCCUUGAAUACUUAUCCGCAUUGGAUAUAGAAUAGUUAAUAAAUAACUCCAGCAUUGUCGUAGCUGUAGAAGGAUGUAAUAAUCUUGCCCCCUAUCUAUAUACGUCUAGAAAGAUCAGUAAAUAUAGCAGUUAAUGUUGAUUUUA